AUGAGCACCGACAUGUACAGUAGUUCCUUCGCAGUUGGUGCAGAGCACUUUCAAUUAUUUGCUCUGGCACGUCUCUCAACAGCGGCACAGGUGCCGACCGUGCGAGCUUUGGGCUUGAGCGGCAUUCGUGACCCAGAGGCCAUCGCUGACCGCCUUACCUACCUGUUGUCAGCAUCCUCUCCACCAGGUGCUCUCAGGAAGCUGCGCGAGAUUUUUCGCUUGGUCGGAUCACACGAUGUUCGACUAUGUUUGCGUGCACGUGGAUGGCUUCCAAAACUGUUGUCGGAGACUGCCACUUUGUGGAAGCAGGCCUCGUGUUUGUCAGCCGAGUCGAACUCAUCGAAAGCGGCCGACUUCUGGCGUGGAGGAAUCUGGUACUCUCUCAGUGCGGAUUGCGGUGCAGCCUGUGACAUUUUGGAGAUCUCUUUGGAAGAUAUUUUAUUCGCGGCCGAAGAUCAUCAUUUCGCUCUGCAACGAGAUCCUCUGUGCCAAACAAAGCCGGAGACAGCAAGCCCACGAGGUGGCUUGCUGAAGCGACGCAGAUCUGGCCAGAUGGUCGUGGGGGCGAGCACGAAGAGCGAUGAUGACAUCAGCGCGGUCGAGAUCGUAGUCCAGCGAAUCAGAGAGUCCUUUGAGGACGCCGUCCUUCUGCCUGGAUGUCUUGAAGGCAGUUCUUCGACCGUUGCUGUGGGCGACGUCUCCUUGUUGGUGCUUCGCAGGUUGCUGUCCAGCCUUUCGUCGCCGUCACCACACGGCGCUUUGCUUGGCGUGAUUCGCAGACGGUUGGUUGGGUGCCUCAAGACCGCCACCAGUGCAUGGACAGCUGACUCUCGCCAUGCCGGAGUUGAACGUCUCGCCCUGCUGUGGGAAACUUGCGGCCUUUGUUUGCGAUUGAGCCCCUGUGGUCCGCAGCACUGCGAAGAACUUGUGAAGGCUGCUUGCCCCAUAUUGCAGCAUUGCAUGGCGUCCAGCGAUGACAGCCCGUCGCAUCUGAAAAAUAUGGUUCUGAAGGCCCUCCAUAUGUUGGGCUCCGAGCCACAAUUCGCAGAUAUGUUGAGAAGCACUCUUUGCUCCAAUCGAGACUCCCUUCUAUUCCUUCUUGUAGGCUUGCUUGGAAAAAGUAAGGGAGCUGCUAUCCGAUUGAUUGUUGGCACUCUUGCUGCCGCUUCUUCGACCAGUUGCCAGCUUUGCGAGGCACUCAGCAGGUUUCAUGUGGAGAGCUCCUAUUGUCGACAGUUAUGUCGGGGGCUUGGAGCUGAGCUGGAAGAGCAUCUCGGAGACAGUGAUGAUGAUGAAUGUUGCAGCUUCGCAGCCUCUUUGGCACGGGUCUUCGCCACCUUCUUUUUCGGUUCAUUCACCAGUGAGGAACAUGCCGAAGUCCAAAUCAACUUUGCCAUUGGUGGGCUUCUUCUCGCGUGGCUGGCGCAGGGUUCGCAAAAUGCGAGCCGUGUUCUAAAGCAGUAUCUGGGAUCGACGAGGUCACUGGUUGAUCUUCUUCGAACAUUUACGGUCUUUCAGGACCAUUGUGGAAUGUUGACAGACGCCUCGCUUAUCAGCAUGCAUAAGUUGAUGACGUCACUGACGUCAUUGCCCGAUGUCGAUGGGCUUUCGCGGUGUGACACAGCGACAGAUGUUUCAGGGCCAUCGAAGCUGUAG